AUGAUUUACGUUGCCGACGAAGCAGGCGAGGUGGCCCUAUUGUGCGCCGAAGUACGGCGUCAGUUCCACGGCCGCGACCAAUACGUGAUUUGCAUCGAUUUUGGCGAGGACACCCAGGAGACGAAGCUGCUCAACUACACAGUUCACGUGACCACCCAGCACACGGGCGACUAUUCGCCUGGCGUCAAGUUCCCCUGGACAUUCCGUGAGCCGACAGAAGACAUCGACGUUUAUGACCAGGUGCAGAAGAUAAUGGCUGUGGUGGAGACAAGGCACAUUGAGUUGCAGACGAGCAAUAGAUUUUCGUACGACGACAUCUUCGGACGACACCAUGUCGCGGAUGACGAAGCAGACACGCCUGGCAUCGAAGAGCUCAGGUCGAUGGACAAGGGAGAAGCAGCUCUGGCCGCCUGAAGAUGCAGCAG